UUCCACAUAGUUCGCGUUGGAUUUUACCAGUAUAAAUUGAGCGCGGAAGGAAUAAAAAACUGUCAAAAUGAGAGGCCUUUUAGCAAUUUUUAUGUUUUUUACACUGGCCAGUAUACGAAACAUCGAAGGAAAGAUUUCAAUAUCAAAGGCUACUUCUUAUCCAGCAAAGCUGAUUUUCUAGGGGAUUUUUCUCGUCUAGAGAAAAAGCCUGGGGAGCUAUGUACAAACUAAUGUCAGAUUUGUAUUUAGCGCAUCAAAAUACAUUAAUAUAUAAUGCUGACCUGUUUCCAGUCGAUUUCAGUACCAAAGAAAAUGGACAUCAAUGCAUUAAGAAAAGCUACUAUGGGAUUAAAACCUGGUUGUGUAAAGGCGUCUGGUGUCGCAGAAGAAUUAGCGGAUGGAGUAACGAGAGGAGAAUAUCCACCGGACCCAAAUCUUAUGUGCUACUUGAAGUGUCUACUUCAAAAAUUGAAGGGUGUCAAAAACGGUAAAAUUUCAGUAGAAAUGAUGACAGCACAGACUCGCGCUAUAGUGGAAGAAAGUGUUGCAGAUCAGAUUAUUAGCGCCAUAAAUGCCUGUGGACAUUUUACUGAUCAAGAAGACAUAUGUAAGGCGGCAUAUGAUUAUUCUAAAUGCUACUGGGAAUUUGACAGAACUGUGUGUUUUUUCCCUUGACGACGUAUGAUCAGAAGAAAUUUGGAAUUGAAUUUUCAUGAAAAAUAAACUCGUAAUAAUUACUUCUAUUAAAUAUCUCUCAACGACUACGUGAAAAGAGUUAAUGUUUUAUGCGUGUUCAGUAAAAAGAAUAAAAUUGAUCCCCAAAUUCAG